CGUCUGUAAAUGUGCACAUGUUGCUGCGCCGCUCUUCUCCGCUUUGCUUUGAGCGGCUUUGAAGCUUUGAACUGAAAUAGUGCGAGGAGUAGGCGUCCGUGGAUGAGCCGGGUUCGCCAGCCGUCCAGUGGGGGGAAAAGCACUCACUCAGCUCGCCAUUGUGGCUGUGUACUUGUUUCUUCGCGUCAUUUUCAUCCGUUCAGUGUAAUUCUGAAUACAAGUUUUUUUUUUAAUACUACACCCCAGGUCAAGCAAUAUCGGAUGUGAUGUCCAGCUCGCCGCUGUCAAAGAAGCGUCGCUUGUCAGGAACAGAGACGAAGACGGAAUCCCACUGCUCCUCAAACUCCCUCGCAACUGAUCUGUCCCACACACCUGCUAACGGCAUGGCUAAAAACGGCAGUGAUGCUGAGAUUGAUGAAGGCCUGUACUCCAGACAACUUUACGUUUUGGGUCAUGAUGCCAUGAGGCGCAUGCAGAACUCAAACGUCCUUAUCUGUGGUGCAAGGGGACUCGGAGUGGAAAUAGCAAAGAAUGUUAUCUUGGGAGGAGUGAGAAGUGUUACAGUACAGGACCAAGGAGUUGCGGAAUGGAGGGACCUCUCCUCUCAGUUUUAUCUUAGAGAGGAGGAUCUAGGUAUGAACAGGGCAGAAGUGAGCCAGCCUCGUCUCGCUGAACUCAACAACUAUGUUCCCGUGACUUCCUACACUGGAGCCCUCACCGAAGACUAUCUCGCAAAAUUCCAUGUCGUUGUAUUGACCAACUCAUCUCUGGAAGAGCAGCAGCAAGUGGGAGACAUGUGUCACAAUAAAGGCAUCAAGCUUAUAAUUGCAGACACUCGUGGUCUGUUUGGCCAACUCUUUUGUGACUUUGGUGAAGAGAUGAUGGUGCAAGACACCAAUGGAGAGCAACCCCUAUCUGCCAUGAUUUCCAUGAUCACCAAGGACAAUUCAGGAGUUGUGACAUGUCUGGACGAGGCUCGUCAUGGCUUUGAAAGUGGGGACUUCGUUACAUUUACUGAGGUUCAAGGAAUGACAGAACUUAAUGGAUGCCAACCAGUGGAAAUUAAAGUUCUUGGUCCCUACACCUUCAGCAUCUGUGACACAAGUUCAUUCACGGAGUACGUGAGAGGAGGAAUUGUCUCGCAGGUCAAGAUGCCCAAAAAGAUAGCCUUCAAAUCACUUUCUUCCUCCAUGGCCGAGCCAGAUUUCCUUAUGACAGACUUUGCGAAGUUUGACCGUCCGGGGCAGCUGCAUCUUGGAUUUCAAGCUAUUCAUGCUUUCCAAAAGAAACACAGCCGUCUUCCUGUUCCAUGGAAAGAGGCUGAUGGUGAGGAGUUCCUGAGCUUGGCUAAGGAAAUCAACUCUGCCCAGUUGGGCUCUGCCAAGUUAGAGGAGCUGGAUGAGGCCCUGAUCAAGAAGGUGUCAUAUAUUGCUGCUGGCGAUUUGGCCCCCGUCAAUGCCUUUAUUGGGGGUCUUGCUGCACAAGAAGUGAUGAAGGCAUGCACAGGAAAAUUUAUGCCAAUACUGCAGUGGAUGUACUUUGAUGCCCUGGAGUGUCUGGGUGAAGAGGACAGCAUGCUAACAGAAGAAGAUUGCGCUCCUAGGAACUGCCGGUACGAUGGGCAGAUCUCUGUGUUUGGCACCAAGCUGCAGGAUGCACUUGCUAAACAGUGCUACUUCCUGGUUGGAGCUGGUGCCAUUGGCUGCGAGUUGCUGAAGAACUUUGCUAUGAUUGGACUUGCGGCUGGAGACGGCGAAGUCAUUGUGACAGACAUGGACACCAUAGAGAAGUCCAAUCUCAACAGACAGUUCCUGUUCAGACCCUCUGAUGUUACGAAAAUGAAGAGUGACACGGCAGCUGCUGCAGUGAAGCAGAUGAACCCAUCUAUCAGGAUCACAGCUCAUCAAAACAGAGUGGGCCCUGACACAGAAAGGGUUUAUGACGACGAUUUCUUUGAAAGCCUGAAUGGUGUGGCCAAUGCACUGGAUAAUGUUGACGCACGCAUGUAUAUGGACAGAAGAUGUGUGUAUUAUCGAAAACCCUUACUGGAGUCCGGAACCCUUGGAACCAAAGGCAACGUGCAGGUUGUGAUCCCCUUUCUCACUGAGUCAUACAGCUCCAGCCAAGACCCACCAGAGAAAUCUAUUCCCAUCUGUACUCUGAAGAACUUCCCAAAUGCUAUUGAGCACACACUGCAGUGGGCCCGUGAUGAAUUUGAGGGGUUAUUCAAGCAGCCAUCAGAGAAUGCAAUGCAGUACCUCACGGAUUCCAAGUUUAUGGAGCGAACCCUAAAGCUUACUGGAGCUCAGCCUGUAGAAGUACUAGAAGCAGUUUACAAGUGUCUGGUCACUGACUACCCACACAGCUGGAAAGACUGUGUAACCUGGGCACGCAACCACUGGCAAUGCCAGUACAACAACAACAUCCGUCAGCUGCUGCACAACUUCCCUCCAGAUCAGCUCACCAGUUCUGGAGCUCCUUUCUGGUCUGGCCCAAAACGGUGUCCUCAUCCUCUGGAAUUCAGUAAUAGUAAUGAGCUACACAUCGAUUACAUCAUGGCUGCUGCCAAUCUAUUCGCUCAGACAUACGGCGUACAAGGAAGCAAUGAUCGCACUGGCGUGUUAAAAAUAUUACAGGAAGUCAAAGUGCCAACCUUCACCCCUCGUUCAGGAGUCAAAAUCCACGUCUCGGACCAGGAGCUGCAAAGUAGUAAUUCAUCUAUUGAUGACUCAAGACUGGAGGAACUGAAGGCCCAGCUACCCACCCACGAGUCCUCCCAUUUCAAACUCUGCCCCAUUGAGUUCGAGAAGGACGAUGACACAAACUUCCACAUGGACUUCAUUGUGGCAGCGUCCAACCUGAGAGCAGAGAACUACAGCAUUCCCCCCGCAGACCGGCACAAGAGCAAACUAAUUGCCGGCAAGAUCAUUCCAGCUAUUGCCACCACCACAUCUGCAGUGGUGGGCCUUGUAUGCCUGGAGCUCUUCAAGAUCGUCCAAGGCCACAAGAAGCUCGAGUCCUACAAAAACGGUUUCAUGAACUUGGCACUACCCUUCUUUGCAUUUUCUGAACCGAUUGCGGCUCCUAAACACAAGUACUACGAAAUUGACUGGACAUUGUGGGAUCGCUUCGAGGUCACAGGGUUGCAGCCCAGCGGGGAAGAGAUGACACUCCGACAGUUUCUGGACUACUUUAAGAACGAGCACAAACUGGAGAUCACCAUGCUUUCUCAAGGAGUGUCCAUGCUAUAUUCCUUCUUCAUGAAUGCUGCUAAGCUCAAGGAGAGACUGGAUCUUCCGAUGACGGAGAUCGUGACAAAGGUUUCCAAAAAGAAGCUGGGGAAACACGUAAAAGCGCUCGUGUUUGAGCUUUGCUGCAACGACCUGACAGACCAAGAUGUGGAAGUGCCCUACGUCAGAUACACAAUCCGCUGAGCUCUGUGUACGCGUACACUGGACACAUCCAAAGGUCAAGUGUAACUAGCCCCAGUAGGAUGAUCGAGGAAAACUUGUGUGUGAGUGUGUUGAAGUCCAGUGUUGAACAGGGUUGUCCCCGGGGGGGUUGGAGGGGGGGAGUGGGCAUGUACAGUGGACCUCCUGAUGUUUCUCAGCUACAGAGCUGCUCCUUACUUGAUUGCCUUCUAGUUUUACUCAGUAGCUCUGCAGACAAUAUUCUAAGAUUCGUCAGCAUAUAAGGAGCAUCCCCACUCCCUCCUUACACGUGUAACCUGCUCUCACUGAAAAGAAAAAAAAAAUGCAACUAAAACAAGUAUAAAACAUCCCAAAAGGUAGUGAUCCCAUAUUAAAGUCAAUUUUCUCCUUCCAAGUCUUAGCUGUUCUUUCUCUACCCCCCCCCCCCCCCCCUUUAUUUUUUUUAUUUUGAUUUAGCCCGAAACCCUGAAUUUGAAUGAUGGUUCUAUCUGAUGUUGACAUCACUCUGCUGUAAUCAACUGGUUUUUGGACGGGAGUGUACGUAAAGAGCUCUGCAAACGUUUGACAUGUACAAUAUUUGUAGUGCAUUUACUAUCUUACUACAUGAAUUCGAGUUACAGUGAAAGCAGAGGAGCACUUAGUUUGUCUGGGAGAUCAAAUAAACACGUUAAAUACAUGAA